AUGACAUCAAGUAAUACCAUUACUGACAUUUCCAAAGAACAAUACCCUCAUUUACCUCGUCAAAACCCACGCGGAGCUGUAUCGGGUAGAAACUCUGAAAUGAACUUUCCCACUCCAGAACACUCUCACAGGCAAAACAUCAAUCCGAGAGAUCCGUAUGUCACCAAGGUUGUAUCACAGAGACUCCGUGUAUUCUCUGACCCUGAUUGGCGUGGUCUUGACCUCGUCUCUGGAGGUUCAAGACCACGACUGACAAAUGUCCAGGAAUCACUUCCUUCCAUUCGAACAAUGUUCUCUGGAUUUGAAAGCCAGGAAGGACCCACUGAGCCCGAAUACAGGCACAAUGCCAAAUCAUUUUCCCCCAAUACAGCAGAAAGAACCUACAAUACAUCUCCUGGAUCGAUUGAGAGAAGGAGAUUAUCCAGUGAUUAUUACGAUGAGGAGACUCAGCGGCAACGGGAUCGAUAUCAACCAGUUGGAAGCGGUCGAAGCCCGAUGAUAGCGACAAGUGGCUAUGACAGUGCAGCCGCUACAACGAUUUCCUCUACUGCUCGUCGAGAAAGCCUUCAAUCACUUUCAGACUUCAGGGCCUAUUCUAGCCACGGAAGCUCCUAUAUUCCAAGACCCACCCGAGAACAAUCUAUCCCAGCAAUCCCAGAAUUCAGAGUCCCAGAUCAAGAUAAUCACACUUCUAAACCACCAUUUCAUUCUCCAAUCUCUGAGCCAUCAAGUGUCAUGUACCGCCCAAACCUUCCCAGCCUUACUACACCCGAUCGAUCCUAUAAUCGAUCCUAUUCCCAAACCCCAGCGGGACGUUCUCACAGCGACUAUCCUUCUAGAAGCGAGUAUGCAUUGGAAGCUACCCGUCCAUACCGCCAGCAUAAUCAUGCUACUUCUCACGAUAAAUCAUACACCUCUUCGCAAUCUGAUUAUGGCUACCAACAUCCCAGAAAUCAAUCCUUCUCUGGACCUCCCUGUCAACUCAAUCAAGGAAAAACGCCAUUCACCAACGGGUACCAUUCAGGAGACUACAGCCUGGCUGCCUACCAAACACAAGAUAUGGGAGACAUCAAACCCCGGAAGCGACGAGGGAACCUCCCAAAACCCAUUACAGAUGUUUUGACAGCCUGGUUCAUCAACCACCUGGAACACCCCUAUCCCAAUGAGGAAGAAAAGCAAUUACUGAUGAGACAGACGGGAUUACAAUUGAAUCAAAUAUCUAACUGGUUCAUCAAUGCACGUCGUCGCAAACUCCCUGCUCUUCAAAAUAGCGCUCGCGCAGAGAGCGCUGCUAGAUCGCAUCUUAGGCAUCAUAACCGAAUGCACUCAACUGAUGAUGGACAGAGUCCUAUGAGCCUCUGCGAUAGUGAAGUAGGGGAUAUGGCAUGGGAUCAACGGAUUUGGGAUGGGCAGCAACAGAUACCAAAAUCUGGGUUCUUCACUGAAACCAAUACUAAACAGGUACCGCCAUCGAGUCAGUCAGUCAUGGAUACAUUGGAAUCAGAAUUCAUUGAAGCUCCGCUUCGAGUCUAUAGCACUCAAAAGGCUAUUUGGUGUUCAAAGUUUUCAAAUUCCGAUUUAAAGAUUAGUAUAACAACCGAAAUCUUCAAAAAUUCGUAUUGUGACAAAUCUAGACAUCGAACGAGCUCUUACUCUACGUUGUGUUACUUAUAUGUUUACCUGUCUUUACCUGCCAGGCCAGUCGACGAACCGCAAUACUAUCAAUGGGAAAACCAAUAUGUCAAGGCAAGAAAUUCUCCGACUUUGGGCGUGAGAGUGAGUUUCAAUAUCAUGUCAAGUCUCUGCGAGUCUGCAGAACCCUCCCUGCAUGAGACUGGCACCGGGCAGCGCUCUGACAUGGUAGGCUUAGGGAAACUCGGUACUGAGAACCAGAAUAGUUGA